CCGUAGAGGCCGCGGGGAUGGGGGCGAGGAGCGGGUGGGAGCGGUGCCGGGUGGGCGAGCGGCUGCAGGCCGCCCUGGCCGGGCUCCAGGAGCUGGGCCAGCUGCGGGCCAGGCAGCAGGAGCUGGUGCGCGGGGCCCUGGCUCUGAGCCCCGGGGUCCCCCGGCCCCCCCCGGCCGCGCCCGCCGGCCACCCCGACAGCCACGAGAGACGCCUCCAAGCCUCCCUGACCGCCCUCAAGGAGCAGCUGUCGCAUCUAAGACGACAGGAUAUUGGCCUGAAGUCCCACUUGGAUCAACUGGACCAGCAGAUAAAUGAACUGAAAUUGGAUGUGAGCCAAACUUCCAGCGAACACUUGGACAGCGACAGCAGACCCAGCUCAGGCUUCUACGACCUGAGCGAUGGGGGCUCCGCCUCGCUGUCCACCUCUUGCGCUUCCGUCUCCAGCGAGUCCAUCUCCUCCUGGUCCGGCGGCCUGCGGCCCGGCGGGCGGCCCCCCAGCCCGGCCAGGCUCGGCCUGCUCGAUUACCGGCCCAAGUCCGCCGACGGAACCACGGUCCGGGCCGCCCCCCUCCAGCAGCGGGGGGUCUACGUGCCCGAGGGGGGCUGGGGCAGAGCCGGCCUGGAUCCACCCCGGGAGGCCGGGGGCAGGCCCAAGCCCAGACCCGUUUCCACAGGUGACCUGGGAAGACCGGGACCCCUAUCCGCGGGACCGCAGAAGGCAUCGACGCCCGAGCUGAGGCCCUCAUCCCUGCUCGGCCCCGGGGCUGACGUCCAGUUCCUGCCCGUGGACCCCAAGUACCGGAGCGACCUGGUGUCCAGGAGCGGCAGUGACGUGUACCUGUACCCCAGCCCCUUGCACGCCGUGGCCCUGCAGAGCCCCCUGUUCUCUCUGGCGGGGGGCCUCUCACCUCUCAGGCCCCCCGCGUCUGGGGCUGCAGCUCCCGGAAUCGUCGGGGUCGAGCCGGGGGUGGCAGGGGGCUAUAUCGAUAAGCUGCUCCGGCUGAACCGGUGCCAGGGCAACCUCUCGGGGGGAGCUGGGCCGAGGGGCUCGAUCCAGGGGCAGCUCUCCACUCCCACCUCCAGAGGGGCUGGGCUGAGAACGGGGUCUGGCUCCCAGCUCCAGAGGCGGGUCCUCUGCUCCCCAGAAAGGAGUGGAGCAGGAGGACGAGGGCAGAGGGAAGCACAGUCCCGCGUGGACCUCGAACGACCAACCCCGCCGCCGGCCACAGAGUCGGUGGCCACCAAGCCCCGCCCCGCCGGCCAGCUGGCCGCCAGCGACUCCCCUCUCGCGGCCCCGGUGGGAGCGGGCGCGGCGUUGGCCCGCCGAGAGGUGGGCAGGGGGAGACCUGGGCGGUGUCCAGAGGGGUUAGUUCCCGAGCAGUUUCUCCGGCGGCGGGAGACCCACUCCCUGAGGCCAGCCCCUGUCCCUCCUGAGGUAAAGACUUUGAAGAUCAAGAGGAGAAACAGCGAGAAGGUGCAGAGACUGUUGCCAGGGAGAAUGCUGGGCACUUCUUGGGCCGGCCUCAGGCUGAGGUUGGAGGACGCUCCGUCCCCCGGAGCCCACGGGGGCCGGGGACUGGUUAGGAGACCCACGUUCUCGGGGGAGGGGCCGGCCCGGUCCUGCUCGGAGUCCAGCUUGUACCGGGCGCCGCUCAGCCCGCCCCCGGCCCCGCCGUCCCCGCCGAAGCUCGACGGGGCCCCGACCCGCUCCUCUUUCCGUCCGGCCGUGGCCGCGCCCGGCGCGGCCGUCCCCAGGGGCCCCGCCAAGAAGAAGCAGCGCAGGUGGGAGUCCAGCGUGGAGAUCUCCGCCCGGACCCCCUCGGCCGGCCACGGGCCGCCCCCGGGCCGGAGGAGAGCCGGGGCCCUGCGUCCGGCCGGCCUGCGGGCCCGCUCGGGGUGCCCCCGCCGCGGCCCCCCAGCCGGAAGCCAGUCGGACCAGUCCGAAUACUCGGCCGAAUGCGCCUCCCUCUUCCACUCCACGCUCGCGGAGACCAGCGAGGAGGAGGAUGCCAGCGACUGCACGGCCAAUCGCUUCGGGGACAGCGAGUCCAGCGACGGAGACGCGGCCCGCCUCAGCAGGAGCAGUCCGGCCCUCCACGCCCGGGGGACCGGGGGCGAGCCGGCGUGGCCCAGAUCCAGGAUGCCUGCACCUCCGGGCCCCCGGGUCUGCCGCAUCAAAGCCUCCAAGGCCCUGAAGAAAAAGAUCCGGAGGUUCCAGCCUGCCGCUCUGAAGGUUAUGACCACCGUGUAAGGGCCCCAGUCCAGCAGCUGCUCAACAAAAGCUCCGGGGAUGAACUGGAAACGACCUCAUAUGGACACAAAGGGCCUUUUCCUUUGCUAAUGACUGUAUGAAGAACAAUGCUUCUAAUGUCUUUCCCCCUUUCUGCCCAUUUAUUAUGCAAAAAUAGAGUCACAGAGUGGUGCCUUGCUAAUAGGACUUUAUCUCCAGAAGUCACUGUUUAGAAAGGCCCUCCUCCACAAAGCCCCUGACCAGCAGGAGUUAAAGGUGGACUUGGAAGUAUCCUCUUGAGCUGGAUGCUUUUCCCUCUUUGGUGAUUUCCCCACUCAUCCCCCCUUCCACCUAGACUAGCUUCCCCUUUAGCAGCUGUUGUUCUCUGUUCUCUCUGCCCCGUACCCCCGGGCUGUCUGCUUCCCAGGACUGGUACUAUCCUGUCUUUCUUGCCUCCGUGACAAUUCCCCGAACGUCCCGGAUGUUCCGAGCACCAGGAGAUUUGCCCCGAUUGAGCCCUGGACCCCGCUUCUGGAUGCCGCCUUUUCUACCGGAUGCUGAGCCGCCUCCCGAAACAGCUUGCCGAGGCGGGUGACACGCCUCUCGUGUGGCGGAGAGCGACGACCUUGUUUGGGCUUCCAAAUCGGGGGUUCAAAAAUAUAACUGCUGGGGUCAAGCGC